CUGGCCGCACCUGCCCAAUUCCACCCUCGGAGGAGGUGGACCCGGUGAUGCGGUCGGUGAUGCUUCGCUGACACCCACUGGAGCAGAAGCAGAGUUGAGUGCGAGGGUUCAACGCGAUAAUGUCGGCAAUGACAUCAACCAGCCGUCAUGCGCGUCUCACACCACACAUACACGUCUAUCAGCAGCCUUUCGCCGAGAUUGAAAGGUAAGACAAGUCAACAUUCCCCUCUUUCUGUAUCUUCGCGUCCUACCUCACGUACCUUCCUUUUCUGUAAGACAUAUCACGUGAAAGACUACCAAGAUGCCGUCCCCAGUUGAGCCCGUCUACCAGCUCAAAUGCAGCUGCAACAGCUACCCGUGGGGCAUGACUGGCAAGAAGUCCAUCUCUGCCCGCUUGUGUGAGAAGCAGCCCGGGUGGGACGGUGAGGACCCGAAGAAGGACUUCAAGAUCCAAGAUGACAAGCCGUACGCCGAGAUGUGGAUGGGCACCUACCCCGUCCUGCCCUCGUACAUCAUGGGAACCGGCGAGGACUUGCAAGACGUCCUCGACGCCCACCCCGAAGAGCUGAUUGGCAAGCCCGUGAUGGAGAAGUUCGGACACACGAAGCUUCCGUAUCUGCCAAAGGUGCUGUCUAUCGCGAAGGCACUCCCACUCCAACUCCACCCGAACAAGGAUCUCGCGAGCAGGCUCCACGAGCAGAAUCCCGAUCAGUUUACCGACCCCAAUCACAAGCCUGAGAUCGCCGUCGCUCUAAGCGAGUUUGAGGCAUUCGUCGGCUUCAAGCCCCUCGCGCUCAUCAGCAACCUCCUUCAGCUCGAGCCGCUCAAGCGCUACCUUCCCAAAAUCCAAAAGCCCGACUUCGACGACCAAACCCUCAAAGGCGUCGUGAAGAAGAUGCUCCAGGCGGACGACGCUUCCGUGAAAGAGACGUACAAGGGCCUGACGUCACUGGAGGAGAAGGACUUCGGCCCGGACACGUACAUUCCCAAACUCGCCCCAAGGUUGGCGGAGCAGUACUCGGAGAGCGACCCUGGCUUGCUCGUGGCGCUGAUUACGAUGAACUACCUCGUGCUUCAACCGGGCGAGAGUGUCUACAUCCCCGCAGACGGCAUCCAUGCCUACCUCUCCGGCGACAUUAUCGAAUGCAUGGCGCGCAGCAACAACGUCCUAAACACCGGUUUCUGUCCGCGCUCGGAUCGCGACAACGUGGACCUCUUCUGCUCUUGCCUGACUUUCAUGCCACACUCUCCGGAGGAGUGCAAGCUACCUCAGCAGAAGUUUGAGCGCAGUAAGAACGGCAAGACGCUGAAGUUUGCGCCGCCAAUGAGUGAGUUUGAUAUGCUGCAGAUGGAGCUCAAAUCGGGAGAGAAGGAGGAGUUGGGGGCGGUGAAGGGGCCGGGUAUAUUGUUGGCUACGAGGGGUGGUGCGCAGAUGAAGGCGGGUGGCAAGGACGUUAAGCUAAGCGAAGGUCAGGUGUAUUUCGUGAGUCAGGGCACGGAGUUGCAAUUCGAGGCAGGUGGAGAUGGUUUGUUCAUGCACAUGGCUUAUGUGGAGUAGAUUCGUGAUGGAACGGAUACGAUAUAGAAGGACUAACGGCCUUGCAUGUUGCCAUUGUGGAACUGUCGCUUGUGCUACCAUCACCGAAGCUAGCCAGCCAGUUAAAGCGCGAGGCUAGCUCGGCCGAACAACACCCGACCGCGUACGUUUAUCCUCGCUUCUUUCUAAUUCCGUAUAGUAUUAACAUGGAGAAGCUACAUAGUUACUAUAGUCUGUAAAGUAAGGAUAAAGC